CAUCAAAAAAACACAUUCCCACACUAACCUAUCCUCUUCUUUCUUUUUUCUUUGCAUGCUCUCGGAGCUCCGGCUCCAUUAACGGAGCCCCGCUUCACCCAACAAAAAACAAAAACAAAAUAAAAGCCGAAAUUCAUUUUCUACUUUUUUUGUUCGUUGCAGAUCUCAAAACUGAACAAGAAUGUCGAAACCAUGGGGCAAUAUCGGAGCCUGGGCCGCGGACUCGGAGCGCGCCGAAGCCGAGGAGCGAGAAGCCGAGGCUGCGGCCGCGGCGGAGUCCCAGAACUUCCCCAGUCUCACGGAGGCCGUGACCGCCAAGCCCAAGAAGAAAAAGGCUCAGAUGUCGCUUGCCGAGUUCAACAAGAGCAAUUACGGCUCCGGCGGUGGCGCAGCCGUGCGACAGGGUUUGACAAUGGACGAGAUGAUCCGCCUCCCGACGGGUCCCAAGGAGCGUUCCGCGGAGGAAAUGCAGUACAAUCGGCACGGCGGUGGGUUCUCGUCUUACGACCGGUCCGGCGGGCCGAGGCGGGACCGCGAUGGCGGCAACAGUGAUGGUUCUUGGGGUGGAGGGAGAAGAUCAUACGGUGGAUUUGAUGAAGAACGCAGGGGUUCUAAUUCUAGGGUUUCGGAACUCGAUCAGCCGUCGAGGGCUGAUGAGGUUGACAAUUGGGCAUCGGUGAAGAAAUCUCUCCCUUCACUCGAUUCUGGGCGGCAAAAUAGAUACACCGGUGGUGGUGGUGGCGGUUUUGGCGGUGGCGGUGGUGGAGGAGGUUUUGGCGGUGGUGGUGGUGGUGGAGGUGGCGGUUUUGGCGGUGGGUCCAGGGCUGAUGGGGUUGAUAAUUGGGCGGUUGGUAAGAAGCAUGUUCCUGCUAGAUCUUCCACGUUUGGCUCCGGUUAUCGCGAUUCCAGUGUGGAGCCUGAUCGCUGGACGAGGGGAACGCCACGUGAAUUUGAGAGGGAGAGGGAGAGGGAGCCGGAGCGGGAGCGACCGAGGUUGGUAUUGGAUCCGCCAAGAGGCGAUGGUUCUGUGAAUGAAGCUCCGGCGAGGACAACGAAUAAGCCGAAUCCGUUUGGUGCGGCGAGGCCUAGGGAGGAAGUAUUGGCUGAGAAGGGAUUGGAUUGGAAGAAGAUGGAAUCGGAGAUUGAGGCGAAAAGUGCACACUCUAGCAGGCCUUCCAGUGCUCAAUCCUCUCGUUCAGAGAGUUCAGGGUUGCAGGGUACAGACGCUGUGGUGAAACCCAGACCCAAGGUGAACCCCUUUGGGGAUGCCAAACCUAGGGAGGUUUUGCUGGUGGAGCGAGGCAUGGAUUGGCGUAAGAUUGAUCUUGAAUUGGAGCAUCGUAGUGUUGACAGGUCUGAGACGGAGGAGGAAAAAUUAUUAAAAGAAGAAAUUGAUAAUUUGAAGAAGCAACUUGAGAAAGAGUCUACAAUAAACUCAAAUAAGGAAUCUGCUGGUGAGGCUGGUGGAGACGAAACCAGUACACAUGCAAUGUUAUUACAGAAACAAAGGGAGCUGGAACUUCUCAUCCAUGAUUUGGAUGACAAAGUUCGUUUUGGGCAGAAAGCUGUUGACAGGCCAGGUUCGUCGGCAGGAAAGACUGCUGGUUUUUCUGAUAGGCCGCCUUCUCGGUCUGGCUCAGUUGAGGAUUCUAGAAGUGUGGAUUUCACAGACAGACCACGAUCCCGUGGCACGGGGGAUAUGUGGAUGCGUCCUAGUGAUGACAGAAGACAAUUUCAGGGUAGCAGGGAUAAGGGAUGGUUUUCGAAUAGCAGAGACUUGAAUAGGUCAAGGUCAAGAGAGAGAUGGUGAACAGCAGUUUUGUGUGGAUUAAGAACUAUCCUCAACUUUUGAUGACCAGAACCUAAUACUAUUUUGUUACUCGUCUUUUCUAAUCGUUUUGUUCAUUUUACUCCAGGAAUUGGAGCAACAAUUAUUGAGUACUGGCACUAAAACAUUUGCCUAAUCUGUUAUUGCAUCUCGAAACAUUGUAAAUUUAUUUCUCCCCUUCUGGUAAUUUUUUGGGUGUCUGAUUGAAGGCAGAAAGCCUGUAAUUUUACUAGGACUAAUUUUCAUUGAAAAUUAUGGAACUUGCUAGUUAAUGUGAUAUUGUUCUGAUACUAUUAUAUUUUUCU